AUGUCGCAGCAAACGACCCUGUUCCCGGUCAUUCGCUCGAAGCUGGACCUGAAUGCUGCACAGUACCAGCAAAAUGCCGAAAACUGGAAACCCGUUCUAGAGAGAUUCGAAACGAUAUUGGAGAAAGUCAGCCGGGAAGGCGACGAUGAGAACGUCCGCAGACACAAUGACCGCGGACAAUUACUGUCUCGUGACAGAAUCGCGCUGCUGCUUGAUCCGGAGUCGCCGUUUUUGGAGCUGGGGAGCUUUGCAGGGGUUGGUGUCGAGACUUCCAACCCUUGCGCAAACCUGAUAGCAGGGAUUGGCAGCGUCAAUGGCUCACUAUGUUUGAUAAUGUCACACAUUCCGACCCAGAGUGGUGGUGCUUGGAACGAGAUUACAGUUGUUAAGCAAAGCCGUAUCAUGGAGAUCGGGCUGGAAAAUGACCUGCCACUGAUAUCGCUCGUGCAAUCGGCCGGUGUAUUCUUGCCGCAACAGUUCCGUGUCUUCCACAAAGGAGGGGAGUUGUUUCGUGACCUGUCUCUGCGAAGUCAACGUGGGCGCCCGUCGUGUGCAAUUGUAUUUGGCUCUUCGACCGCUGGUGGAGCCUAUCAUCCAGCCCUCUCCGACUAUACGAUCUUCGUCGAAGAUCAAGCCCAAGUGUUCCUUGGUGGACCUCCUCUGGUCAAGAUGGCGACGGGGGAGACGGUGGACGCCGAAGAUCUAGGCGGCGCAAGGGUUCACGGUUCCGUCACUGGGCUCGCGGACCAAAUUGCCUCUGACGAGUUCGAUGCCAUCCAGAAAGCAAGGGAAUGGGUCGGCACCCUCGACAGGCGGCCCAGAUCCUUAUCACUGGCUCAAAAUCCGGUCCUCCCGCCACGAUAUUCAGCAGACGACAUUUUCUCGAUUGUGAACCCAGACAUCCGCAAGCCGUUCGAUAUGUCUGAAGUACUACUGCGGAUCGUGGACGACUCCCGGCUAUCUAACUUCAAGCCCACCUACGGGAAGAACAUCAUCACUGCAUGGGCAAGUAUUACAGGACACACUGCAGGUAUCAUAGCCAAUCAAACACCAAUCAUCAAUCCCGACGAGGCGUCAAAAGCCGCCCAGUUCAUCCGCCUAUGUAACCAACAGAAUCUACCCAUCAUCUUCCUCCACAACGUCACCGGCUUCAUGGUCGGCACCAAAGCCGAACAUGCCGGCAUCAUCAAGAAAGGCGCCCAGCUCGUCUCGGCCGUCAGCUGCUCGACCGUCCCGCACAUCUCUGUCAUCCUAGGCGCCUCCUACGGCGCGGGUAACUACGCCAUGUGCGGCCGCGCAUAUCGACCGCGGUUCAUCUUCACCUGGCCAACGGGGCGGUGCAGCGUGAUGGGGCCCGACCAGCUUUCUGGAGUGAUGGAAACCGUCCAAGUGUCCAGCGCGAAGAGGAAAGGGAAAGUCGACAUGGCCAAGAUCCGGAAAGAGGUCGACCGCUUCCGAAACGACGUCCAGCGCGACAGUGAGUGCUACACGACGAGUGGCGUGGUGUUGGACGACGGGGUCAUUGAUCCCAGAGACACGAGGGAUGUGCUGGGGAUGUGUUUGGACGUUGUCAAGCUGGAGGAGGUCCGGGGGAGCAAGAGCUUUGCGUCACUGGCGAGGAUGUAA